AUGGCGGCGGCGGCGGAGGAGGCGGCGGGAAGCGGCGGUGGGUCCCCGGCCUCCGCCCGGCGGCGGCUGCGCAUCAUCUCCGGGCACCUGCGGGGCUCGCCGCGUGCUGCGGGGAGGGAGGCGCUCUCCCCGAGCCCCUGCAAGGCGCGGGGCGGCUCCGCCGGGCCGGUCGCCGGCUCCAUCCCCAAGAAGCGACAAGAAAUUCUGAAGUGGAAUGGAUGGGGAUAUAAUGACUCUAAAUUCAUAUUCAAUAAGAAGGGUCAAGCAGAAUUCACAGGAAAGAGGUACAGAUUAGGUGGUAUGGUAUUACCAACUUUUAAAGAAUGGAUAGAAAAAACCUUUGGAGCAAGUCUGGAGCACAAAACUACCUCUAGAGCAUCUUUAAAUGUUAAUGAUGUACCUCCAUCUAUUGUAAAUGAAGAAUUUCUUCAGGAUCUUAGAGCCACUAAUAUCUCAUAUUCACAGGAUGCAGAAGAUAGGGUAUUCAGAGCUCAUGGUCACUGCCUACAUGAGAUAUUUGUACUCAGGGAAGGAAUGUUUAAGCGAAUUCCUGAUAUAGUUGUAUGGCCUGUUUGCCACGAAGAUGUAGUUAAAAUUGUGGAAUUAGCCUGCAAACAUAAUCUGUGCAUAAUACCGUUUGGCGGAGGAACAAGUGUCUCUAGUGCCCUUGAAUGCCCUGAAGAAGAGAAAAGAACAAUUGUCUCUCUGGAUACAUCACAAAUGAAUCGGAUUCUCUGGAUAGAUGAGAAGAAUUUAACAGCAUGUGUGGAAGCUGGCAUUAUUGGACAAGAUUUGGAAAAACAGCUUUCUGAAAGUGGCUUCUGUACAGGACAUGAACCAGACUCCAUGGAGUUCAGCUCACUAGGAGGAUGGGUGGCAACACGAGCAUCAGGCAUGAAGAAAAACAUCUAUGGAAACAUUGAAGAUCUGGUGAUUCAUAUAAAAAUGGUAACUCCCAGAGGAAUAGUUGAAAAAAACUGUCAAGUACCUCGCAUGUCAACAGGACCUGAUAUCCAUCACUUCAUUAUGGGAUCUGAAGGAACUCUGGGAGUGGUUACUGAAGUUACGGUAAAGAUUCGGCCUCUUCCUGAAUACCAGAAAUAUGGCUCUGUGGUCUUCCCCAACUUUGAACGAGGGGUGGCCUGCCUAAGGGAAGUGGCAAAGCAGAGAUGUGCUCCUGCAUCAAUUCGCCUUGUUGACAAUGCACAGUUUCAAUUUGGUCACGCUCUUAAACCACAAGUUGCUUCCAUUUUUACAUCAUUUUUGGAUGGACUGAAAAAGUUCUACAUCACAAAGUUCAAAGGAUUUGAUCCCAACAUCCUAUGUGUAGCUACCUUGCUCUUUGAGGGUGACAGAGAGAAGGUUCUUCAGCAUGAAAAACAAGUCUAUGACAUUGCCACCAAGUUUGGUGGCUUGGCAGCUGGAGAAGAUAAUGGACAGAGAGGAUAUAUGCUGACAUUUGUCAUUGCUUACCUUCGGGAUCUGGGCCUGGAUUACUAUGUAAUAGGAGAGUCGUUUGAGACAUCUGUUCCUUGGGAUAGGGUUUUAGACCUGUGUAGGAAUGUGAAGGAAAGGAUAGUGAGAGAAUGCAAAGAAAAGGGUGUUCAAUUUGCUCCCUUUUCCACCUGCAGGGUGACACAAACUUACGAUGCAGGUGCAUGUGUCUAUUUCUACUUUGCCUUUAACUAUAGAGGGAUUAGUGAUCCUAUUCAUGUCUAUGAAGAAAUUGAGAGGGCUGCUCGAGAAGAAAUACUUGCCAAUGGAGGAAGUCUGUCACAUCACCAUGGAGUAGGCAAAUUGCGGAAGCGCUGGAUGAAGGAGAGUAUCUCUGAUGUUGGCCUGGGAAUGCUGAGAUCUGUUAAGGAAUAUGUGGACCCCAAUAACAUCUUUGGAAACAAAAAUCUUUUAUAAAGCCCUUCACAACGUGGUGUACUGAAACUUCUUCAAAAUUACUGUUGAAAUUCUUCCAUGUUCAUUGUACUGAUAUCCCAGUAAUCAAAUAUAACAUAGCCGAAACUUUAAAACUAGCAUCUUACAUUGAUUUUUGCCAUCCCCUGCUCCCCAAUAAAGUUUAAACAUUGCUGUUAACGAUUAUGGAUUUUUACUUAUAAUGCUCUUAAACAACCCACUGGGCAUAAAGUACAUUACCAGCCAGGAAAUGCUAAUUUGAUUUCCCAAGUUUGGCUAGGCAACACAGCUGACAAUAUUUUCAAUGCUGGAUACAGCCAGCUGUUUCUUACUAAAGCAUCCCCCUGCAAGGAGAACAAAGACUGACAACAGUGUUUUCUGCAGAAGCAGCUGCUCAACCCAGCCUCUUGCUAAAGGAAAGCUGCUAGGAGACAGAUGAGAUUACACCAAGGAGUACUUCUCUGUGCUGAAGAAUUGGGUAUGUAACAGAUUUGUAACCAGCGAAUACUUAAAGCACAAAUAUAGGCUUUAAUCAAAAAAGACGAUGCAAGCUAAACUGUUUCUAAAAAACUCAGUCUCCCACCUUAAUAACAAUUGUAAAAUUGUAAACAAUUGAGCUGUUCUGAGUUGUAUUUGCAUUGCUGGGAUUAUCUUAAAUUAAUCAUAGGUCAGUCACUGUAAGUUUUGUACAAUCGACAUUUCUCACUGUAUGUUAAUAACAGGUUUGUAACAAAACUUUGCCUUCAUCUGUACUGCAGUCCUAGUGUGUAUGGUUUUGCUCCUGUUUUUGUUUAUUUUGCAGAAAUGCAAAAUAUCUUUUUCAGUAAAAGAAAAACAAAUUUUGGCUAUUCAAGUGAAACUGCCCAGCGCUGUCUUUUGAAACAGUCUCAAUGGUUUAAUAAAACUGAAGUGGACAUACUAUCAUUCUGAAAGUGAGGUUUCCCUUUUUAGUUUUGUACAGUUUCCUAUGGCCUUGAUGAAUCAUUUAUCUACUUCACUAGUAGCCGCAACUUUAAUUAUCCAUUUAACUUUAAGAAAAUGAAAUAUUUUCUUGAUCAGUAUGGUAUGUGAGUAAGCAUUUUUACAUUGAAACUUGAAUCUUGAUCAGUAAAACAAACUAAAAGUAUUUGUCAGUACUCAUGACACAAUUGUAGGGUGGUUAUUUUCUUAAAGCAUGUUAUUAACCUUUUUGAUAAUUAAUGUAUAUGAUUGCAUAAGAAGAAAAAAAAACCCAUGAACUGGCCUUUGAGGACACAGUCUCUCUAGCCAACUGCUUCACAACGCUGUAGUGUCAGUUUGGACACCUUUUUUUAUUAGUAUUGCCCUUAAUGAGAUGAAAAAAAAAGUAUUGUUUUUAAACUAUUUUAGAGUACUGUUUAAUUAGCUCUUAGUUUUGGUAGUACAAUGAAAAGAAUAGAAAAUGCUCAAGAAACUGCAUAUCAGACAAAACCUUGAACUUGUGUAAAAAUUAAUUUCAAUUCUGUAGUUGAAAUGAUGAAAACCCAAAGAAUAGUUAAAAAUCACUGCAAAAUGCAUGCUGUCGAAAUACUAAAGGAAAACUUUUCGUAAUCUGCAGGACAUGAAAUAGGUGGUUAACACAAUAUUUGUAAUGCAGCUAGGCUUAUUUCUGGUGGUCUAUUUCAUGACAGUUUGAUAUGGUCUACUCUUCUCUUUUUUUUGUUCUUGGCCCAGAGUUUGUAUUUCAGCAAACAAAAUAACAGGUAGAGUUUGUUUUAGGAAACUGACUUUUCACAGUGUGAUUAAGUAUUCCUUCAUUUAUAUGUACUCAGUGAUGUCUCAGCAAAGUGAAUCUGUCCAUGUUUAUGCAGGGGAAUUCCUCAUCUCACAUACUGCACAAUAGUGGCUGCUUGACCACCGCUGGAAUCUUGCCGGUGACUACUAUCACUAACAUAGGCACCUUUCUAGGAGUUGGUAAAUAUGAAGGGUGUUUUCAUCUGUCCCUCAGUAAAAUUAUUUGUCUAGCUAUGAAUAAUCAGUUUUGGAGGAAAGUGUGUGAAGGCUUUUUGUAAAAUGAUGGCACAAACAUAGAACAAGUUUCAUGAUUCAGUAACACCUGUCUUAAGAUUUUGGCUUGAAGUACUACUCAGCCCUGACUCUUAACUUUCUGGCUAUGGCUUUCCCAAUCCUUGCUUUAUUGAAGUUUCACAGGUAAAACUUAUGUAUGCUUUCUAUUUCUAAUCUUCAAGUAGCCAAUGGCUGUUGAACUUAUUUAAAAUGCAGUAAAGAUUUUUACUGCGUAUCAGUUGUCCUAUGGGAAGGUGAAAUAACAUGUUAUAGGAGUCCCAAAGUUAUAUUGUUGCAUAACACCGAGGAGAAGAUGAACUACAACUAUAAUGGAUGUUUUUGCUAAUGACCACCUGAUUGCUGUCUUCCUAAAUAUUUUUUCUAUCUUAAAAACUGACUUGAACUCAGUGAAAUUAUAGUUGAAACAAUAUAGUACCGAUGUCUUUAAUUAUUUCACAUCUAAAUUCCUAAUGAAGAUAGUGAAGCAUUGUACAAGUUCAGGAGCCCAUUUAAAAGAAAUUUUCCCUUUUAGUAUUACGUCUUCCACCACUCUUUUCCUUCUUUAUUCUCUUACUUUCUUGAGAAAGACUUUCCACUAGCUGCAGCCUAUUUGGAGAGGAAGCUUGAUCCAUUGUUGCAUUGCCUCCUACAAUCCAUGUAGAUCAAAAGUGUAUCUUGGUAUACCACAUAACUUUUUUCAUUUGGUUAACUAUUUUGGCUAUAUGUAGGUUACAAACAGUUUUACUUAAGAUUGUCGUGACAUAUUGUUACACAGCUUUGGUUCUCUUGGAAGGAAGAAAGGUGCUGAGUGAGUAUGGCAUGACUACGAGAUCUAUUUACAUUGGGUUAGAGCUUUAUGAAAAUUUGGAAGAGAAUGUUAUAAAAGAAAAAAUGAAAAUUGCCACAGGCUCUACAUCUUAUUUGAAGAAAAAAAUGUCUCUUCUUGACUUCACUCACAAUACAGUAGUUACAUUAAGAUGUCAUCUUUGCCUUACAGCUAUGAACAAAGAUCAGGCGAAAUAGUUCUUCCAUAGCAAUGUUAAUUAACUUAAACCAAUUUCAAAGGCAGGGAUACAUUAGCACUGAAAUCCAGAAAACACAAGUCAUUUCUCAAAUCUUGGAAAUGUGUGUUCAUCAAAGUUGUAAUUCAACUUUUGCAAAUAAAGCCAAACAGUGUUUGUCAUUUUAGUGUGAGAUUAACUGUAAAACUUUCAGUUGUAAUGUUAAGAGAUAAUAGAACCUUAUAUUAUUAAUAAAAGCAAAAUGGGCCUAAA